AGGAAGAGGCGAACCCACCCGCCGCUCCGGCUGCUUGGCCCCUGCCUCUCCGUCUGCCAUGUGGGGUCUCCUGCUCGCCCUGGCCGCCUUCGUGCCUGCCUUCAUCCUGGGUCUGGGGGCGCCCAGCACUUCAGUACUGGGCUCCAUGCCACCAGCGACCACUGAGGCCCCUGGCUCGACUCAGGCCCCACGUAGCAGCCUUGUCCAGAUGCCCGCGAAGGCGAACGGAACUUCUGAACAGCAUGUCCGGAUUCGAGUCAUCAAGAAGAAAAAGGUCAUUGUGAAGAAGCGAAAGAAGCUAGUGCGCCCUGGUCCCCUGGUGACUGCCGGGCCUAUGAUGACCAGCACCAGCUCAGCAGGGACCCUCAAUCUUGCUGAGAAACAAGAAUUAGGCUGUCCCCCUUUGGGCCUGGAAUCCCUACGCGUUUCAGAUAGUCAGCUCAAGGCAUCCAGCAGCCAGUCCUUCGGCCUUGGACCACACCGAGGGCGGCUCAACAUCCAGUCAGGCUUGGAAGAUGGUGAUUUGUAUGAUGGGGCCUGGUGUGCUGAGCAGCAGGAUACUGAGCCGUGGCUUGAGGUGGACGCUAAGAUCCCUGUCCGUUUCUCAGGCAUUGUCACACAAGGCCGGAACUCUGUCUGGAGGUAUGACUGGGUCACCUCAUACAAGGUCCAGUUCAGCAAUGACAGUUGGACCUGGUGGAGGAGUAGGAAUCAAAGCAAUGGAAUGGAUGCGGUAUUUCCUGCCAAUUCAGACCCAGAGACCCCAGUGUUGAACCUCCUGCCGGAGCCUCAGGUGGCUCGCUUCAUUCGUCUGCUGCCUCAGACCUGGCUCGAGAAAGGUGCCUCUUGCCUCCGGGCAGAGAUCCUGGCCUGCCCAGUCUCAGCAGAUCCUAAUGACCUGCUCCCGAAGGCUCACAUAGUGGGAUCCUCUGACCCUCUGGACUUCCGGCAUCACAAUUAUAAGGCUAUGAGGAAGCUGAUGAAGCAGGUGAAUGAGCAGUGUCCCAACAUCACCCGCGUCUACAGCAUCGGGAAGAGCCACCAGGGCCUGAAACUGUAUGUGAUGGAAAUGUCAGACCAGCCUGGGGAGCAUGAGCUAGGGGAGCCUGAGGUCCGCUAUGUGGCCGGCAUGCAUGGGAAUGAGGCCCUAGGGCGGGAGCUACUUCUGUUCCUGAUGCAGUUCUUAUGUCACGAGUUCCUGCGAGGGAACCCACGGGUGACCCGGCUGCUUACUGAGAUGCGCCUUCAUCUGUUGCCCUCCAUGAAUCCUGAUGGCUAUGAGACUGCUUAUGAGCGGGGUUCAGAGCUGGUGGGCUGGGCAGAGGGUCGCUGGAACCAGCAGGGCAUUGACCUUAACCACAAUUUUGCUGACCUCAACACACCACUGUGGGAUGCAGAGGAUGAUGGGCUUGUGCCCCACACUGUCCCCAACCAUCACCUGCCACUCCCUACUUACUAUACUCUGCCCAAUGCCACUGUGGCUCCUGAAACACGGGCAGUGAUUGAAUGGAUGAAGCGUAUUCCCUUUGUACUGAGUGCCAACCUCCAUGGGGGUGAACUGGUGGUAUCCUACCCAUUUGACAUGACUCGGACUCCAUGGGCUGCCCAUGAACUCACUCCUACACCAGAUGAUGCUGUAUUUCGCUGGCUCAGCACUGUCUAUGCUGGCAGUAAUCGGGUUAUGCAAGACACAGAUCGCCGACCUUGCCAUAGCCAGGACUUCUCCUUGCAUGGCAACAUCAUCAACGGGGCUGACUGGCACACAGUCCCUGGGAGCAUGAAUGACUUCAGCUAUCUGCACACCAACUGCUUUGAGGUCACUGUGGAGCUAUCCUGCGACAAGUUCCCUCACGAGAGUGAGCUGCCCCAGGAGUGGGAGAACAAUAAAGAUGCCCUCCUCACCUACUUGGAGCAGGUGCGUAUGGGCAUUGCAGGAGUUGUACAGGACAAAGACACAGAGCUUGGGAUUGCUGAUGCUGUCAUUGCCGUGGACGGGAUCAACCAUGAUGUUACAACAGCAUGGGGUGGGGAUUAUUGGCGGCUGCUGACUCCAGGGGACUAUGUGGUGACGGCCAGUGCUGAGGGCUACCAUACAGCUACACGAAACUGCCGGGUCACCUUUGAAGAAGGCCCUUUCCCCUGCAAUUUCCUGCUCACCAAGACUCCUAAACAGAGACUGAGAGAGUUAUUGGCAGUGGGGGCCAAGGUGCCCCUGGACCUUUGGAGGAAGCUGGAGCGGCUGCGGGGACAGAAGAGUUAACACCUCCAGCCGAAGAAAGCCAGAUCCUUGGGCAGGCUGGACCUGUCUAGAACUAAGUGGGGAGGAAGGGGAAAGGUGGAAGAAGAGGUGCUCUGGCUUAUUAAAGCUACCCUGCACCUGA